AUGAAGCACACCCCCGGGCCCUUGCCUUCCAGCUGUUUAACUUGCCGUCAACGACGAAAGAAAUGCGACAAAAAUCGCCCUGCUUGCGACAGGUGUCUAGUUGGAGGCUUCAGAUGUCUUGGAUACGACCAUAUACCAACUUCAUCCAAUCCCAAGCAGCCCAGGGCCUCCACCUCCAAGCAAGCUGCCACUAGCUCAUUACGAGCACCCAGUAUUCGAGAUCCCAAAAACAGACUAGGAUCGCCAGGAUACAACUCUUACAGACACUCCUCAACGGAUAGUGGGACAUCCGACACGGGCGACUUGUCCCCGAGGCAACUCAGCAGCAUGCACACAACUCCCGCGGCCCGUGCACCGUCUUGUACAUCAGCCUUCCCCAUGCCGAGGCCUGUUUCUGCGCAAUCGCCUCAAAGGGUUACCCAAGCCGGCUAUUUGUCAUCGCCAAUAUCAUCUGAAUGCCCUCGAAGCUCGAUGGCCCUUGCUCCCAAGACUGUAUUUGGCCCCCCUCGACCGCCGGUAAUAGAAUCUAGCCCCGUGGAGCUACAAGAGCUCCCAAAUGAAACCUGGGCGCAGCCCUUGUUCUCCAUGAUCGAUACCUAUGGAGGAUCAUAUAAUCCUUCAUUUGUGUUUAACCUUCCUCCGACCAUAUCCCCGAACCCUUUAUUCUCAGGACAAAUCAUCGAUUUCAUUUUGGCUCAAUAUGAACCUGUAUUGGAGAUGGUAUUUUUCCGACCAACCCGGGAAAUGCUCGACUUUGCACGACAAAAACUUAUCGUGCGGUUACAAGAGUCCAACCUGACACAUUGGUCAAUGUACAUCGGAGCGCGCAUCUUUCAAGCGUUGAUGAAAUACGGGAAACGGGCUGAUCUACGGUUUCUCGAGAAAUGUGUGCAGAGAAUGGGAGAACAUGUUUGUUCCCAAACUACGAGGGAUGGGUCAUUAACUGGAGCGUUACAUGCCCUGUCUGGAGGACUAGAACUUGUUUUCUUGGAUUAUAUGACAUCUAAUAGUCGUUCAGGAUACCAACUUUUCAAACAACUCGUGCCUUCGUUCAUACGUGCGGCCGAAACUCUCCCAUCAUACCUUUGCUCUCAAAAGAUAUCGCUAGUCGAAGCAUUUACAUCCACAAACUACGAACUCGGUCGGUUCGUAUUCAUCGACGCGGUCACAUCUUUUAUCCUCGGCGUUGCCCCCACGAUCGCCUACGACACCACGAUGCCUGUCGUUCGAACUCCAAUCGAGUGCAACGGACUUCCGGGGUCUAUACACCCUACCGAGUGGAUGCAUGGGUCUCCCAUCGAGCUUACGGCGCUCAUCAUCAAAAUUAGCCUCUGGCGGGCCAAGCACCCAGAUAUCCAAUGCGCCCCCGAGUCGACCUGGAAACCGCUCGAGAUUGAAGCGUGGGCCUGGGCACCGAGGGUCGCCAGCCCGGGCGCCCUCAACGAGCCGAAUCAGAUGGUAAUCAGGAUGGCUGUACAAGAAGGAUGGCGCCACGCUGGAUUGAUUUACCUUUACAUGGGAAUGUGUGGAUGUAUGAGCGACGAUCCGCGCGUCCAGGCCUCGGUUCGCCAAAUCGUACAGCUGUUACAGAUUCUCCAGCCCGAUCUGACUACGAGGUCCCAUUACUUCAUUCCUUGCCUUAUUGCUUCUAUAUGCACACCCUCUGAGAAACACCGCACAGAGCUGCGUAAUGCGUUUGUCAAGGUCGAGGAGCACUUGCCUUGGCUCUUCCGAGCGCUCGAUUACAGGAAUCUGGUCGACCAUUUAUGGCACGGUGCUGCGGCAGGUGGGAAGCCUGUCAGGUGGGAGGAUUAUAUUAACUCGAGGAGGGCAGUUAUGCCUAUUGAUUAA